AUGAAUAUUGUAGAAUGGGCCUUUGGCAAGCGCAUGACGCCCGCCGAGCGCCUGCGCAAGCAUCAACGCGCCCUCGAGAAGACUCAACGCGAACUUGAUCGUGAACGCACAAAGCUGGAGAAUCAGGAGAAAAAGCUAGUCCAGGACAUCAAGAAGAACGCAAAGAACGGCCAGAUGGGCGCAGUCAAGAUUCAGGCCAAGGAUCUUGUCAGAACAAGACGAUACAUUCAGAAGUUCUACCAGAUGCGAACCCAGUUGCAGGCUAUCUCAUUGCGCAUUCAGACUGUGCGCAGUAACGAGCAGAUGAUGCAGUCCAUGAAAGGCGCUACCAAGCUCCUGGGUAGCAUGAACCGACAGAUGAACCUCCCCGCCCUCCAACGCAUCGCCAUGGAAUUCGAACGCGAAAACGACAUCAUGGACCAACGGCAAGAGAUGAUGGACGACGCCAUUGACGAUGUGACGGGCUUGGAAGACGAGGAAGAGGGAGAAGAGGUUGUCAAUCAGAUUCUCGAUGAAAUUGGUGUCGACCUUGGUCAAGCUAUGGGUGAGACCCCGACUGGUCUGCAGAGCACCGCUGUCGAACAAGGCAAAGUUGCACAAGCCAUCGGUGGUGACCCUGGUGAUGAUGAUCUCCAAGCCAGAUUGGACAGUCUACGACGAUGA